UAAUUAUUGCUCUUUAAAUUAAAAUCCAAUUAAUUAAUCAAUGAACGACGAAUUUGACUGUAAACAAAUCAGUUCUUCGAUAUAUAAAAGGGCAUCUGAAUUGAAACAGUCAGUAUAGCACUGAGAUAGGUGCUUUAAAGGAUCAUAAAAAUGCUACGGAUAACGCUUCUCCUAGCGCUCGCGGCACUCGCCUGCCACGGCGCACCAACUUCCGACGAUGUAGCAGUCGAUCGGAUGUACAAAAGCGUUAUUGUCGGCGACUACGAAAGCGCUGUCGCUCUCAGCAAAGACCUCGAGAAGCAAAAGCGAGGUGAUGUUAUCGCUCUCGCCGUCAACAAACUGAUCGACGAAAGCCAACGCAACGUUAUGGACUUCGCCUUAUAUCUGUGGAGAGACGCCAAAGAUCUUGUCAAGAACUACUUCCCUCUCGAAUUCCGGAGCAUCCUCGGCCAGCAUUUAGUCAAGUUGAUCAGCAAAAGAGAUAACAUGGUGGUGAAGUUGAACUCUAAAGUCGAUGGCGAUGGUGAUAGGAUGGCUUACGGUGACAGCAACCACAAUAUCGGCGACAGAAUGGCCUGGAAACUCAUUCCAGUCGAGGAUUCCCAGGUGUAUUUUAAAAUGUAUAACCCUCAUACUAAUCAAUACCUGAAAGCUGGAGUCAAGGUUGACAGCGACGGAGACCACACUGUAUACGGUAGCAGCCAGUCUAACGAGAACCGACACCAAUUCUACUUGGUGCCUGUGAGAUAUGACGGGCAGGACUUGUUCUACAUUUACAACCGCGAGUUCCAGCAGGCGCUGAAGCUGGGCAGGGCUGUCGACUCGGAUGGCGACCGCAUUGUGUAUACAGAACACGGUAAUGUCGUCGGAGACCCUUACAGCUUCGGGUGGAAAAUCAAACCGCUGUAAACGAAUCUAUGUUGUGACUUCGAUGAUUUGGAUGUAAUAAAUUUGUUUUCACUCAUGAA